AAUUUAUGAACAUCAAAAUUGAGGCUACCAUUAAGGACAAGACUUACCUAAUAGACUGCGGAGCAGGCAAACAGAGGGUAUACUGGAUAGCAUCCACUGCUUGAUCUCUCUUUGGGCAAGACCAUUACCCUACAGGCAUCUAUAUUCCUAUUUAUCUCUCCAAAAUUGGUGGAGAUAGAUAUAUCUAUCCUCAGAUGCCAAUAGAGAAAGUUCUAAAAGAUGGAGAUAAGGUUGCCAUCACUGUUAAAGAUUGCUCAGUAACCCCUACAACUGGGGAAAAGAGAUGGUAUGACCAAGCUUUUGGGAAAGAAAUGCACAUCAUGAAAAUUGAGAUUGAAUUUGACCCAAAAACUGAGCUUCUGCAGAAAGCGAGCAACGACAUCAAUGUCUACAUUGAAGUGAAUUACCAGAUGUUCCCAGAACAUGCUGAGGAGUUCUCUGACCGUCAUUAUGAAGAGGAAUUUGAAGUACAGAUGAAAAGAGAUAUCUUGACUGGAGAUGUCAAUACAUUUGUGUACAACCUAGAGCUUCCAUACGGAGAUAUAGAUUUCAAGUACUUCUACACGAUGAAAGAUGAUGAAGAGAAGAAGGAAAUCUUAGCAGAUGAUAAGUCAGGAGUCAUCGUCUCCAUCACUCCUGAAUACAUUAUCUCUGAAGAAGAGCAAAGGAUCAAAGAUGAGGAAGAAGAGAAGGAAAAUAAACGCAGAGAUGACCAGAAGAAGGAAGAGCAUAAAAGAGAAAAAGAAGAACGUAAGCAAGAAGCUAUUGAGAAAAGACUCCAGCUUGAGACUCAGAAUAGAAACGCACAGAAGUUAGAUAUUUAUUGGAGAGUCAUGGAUCUAGAUUUCCAUACUUCUCCAGAGAAUGCUAAUACUUCUUUGUCUAUAUUUGCUCUUUUCUAUGACGAGAUUAAGAGUUAUUUUGAGUAUUAUACUAAGCUACAGUAUCAGUUUUACACAAGAGUUGAGAACCAUUCCAUUACUCUCCACUCAUUCAUGCACUUUUUGAAGCUAUUCAGAAUCGCUGUUUCCAGAGAUGAAGUAAGAAUUUACUUCCAGCGCUUGGAUUCGUUGAUCAUUCCUCCUCCUGAGAAUGUCCUUAAUGUGAAGAAUGGGCUCAACUUUGCUCAGUUUUUGGAAGCCAUAAUGAGGAUUGUCUAUGCUAAGGUCGAAAACUCAGAUGCUUCAGAUGAAGAAGAAGAGUACAGGAGGAUCAUGACUGAGAUUUUCAGGGAUGGAACCAUGGAAAUUCAGAGAAAGAGCACAGAGAAUCCAAUCAUAAUCGGCCUUCAUGCAGAAGAUAGUCAGAUUUUAUUCUACGGCAAGUAUAAGCUUCUUGGAGCGAUUUAUGAAAACAAGUCAGUGACCAAGAGCGGUAUCGGUAUUGGACUCUCUUUUGAGUUCUUCUACACAAUUCUGGAAGAAUCAGGCUUGGCUCAAGUUGAGGAACCAAAGGAGGAUGACACCGAGAAUUUGAAAAUCUCUAAAGAAGAAGUGAUGUCUGUUCUAAAUGAGAUUGAGGUCUUUGAUAUGGACAUAGAUGACGAAAAUGAUCCUAAAGUGCUGGUCUAUCCAGACUUCUUAGAUGCUCUAGUUCGUAUAGCUGACAGACUCUCCCCAGAUGUCGCCCAAGUAUUAGAAGAGAAGGAUUAUUCUCCACUAACUGAGGAGAAUGAGAUGGUGAAUAUCAAUAUCACGAACAAGAAGCUUGUCUAUGUUAUCUAUAUGAUCGAGCAGAAGUACUCAGGAAUCGAACAAGAAUUUGUCCAGUCAUUGGAACAAAAGGAUAAUGACCUCAACUUCCAGUGCAAGAUGGUAGUCAACGAGAGAGGAGAUGAAGAUUACGAUGAAGGAGAGUAUGACGAAGAUGAAGGCGAUGAGGAUGAAUAUAACUAAGAAAAUCAAUAUUGGA